UGUUCCAUCUUUGGCAAGGAAUCCGAACUUGUUGAAUUUCAGAAUAUUGUUGAUACUAUUAAAGCUGUGCUCCUCGAUGCAGAUAAUAAAGACAAUAUCCCUGAUAAUAAGACACGGCUUUACAUUCAGCAGCUCAAGGAUGUUGUUUAUGAUGCCGACGAUCCCCUCGAUGAGUUCGUCACUCUAGCUGAGCAGAUUCAGCAAAUAAAGGGUGGUAAAGCCUAUGAAAAGGUGCGUCACUUCUUUUCUAGUCGCAAUCCUCUUGCUGCUGCAUACAAUAUGUCUCGAGGGGUUAAGAAGAUUAGGAAGAAAUUGGAUGCUAUUGCCAGCAAUCAUAGUAAGUUUGAUUUUUGUGUAGACUCUGAGCCUAUCAGGAGGAGAAGGGCGGAGACUUGUUCUUAUGUGUAUGAGGGGAACAUUGUCGGAAGAGAGGAUGAUGUGAAGAAGAUUAUAGGCCUAUUAUUAGAUGAUUCUAACAUGAAAGAAAAUGUUUCUUUCUUGACUAUUGUUGGAAUUGGUGGGUUAGGGAAAACUGCCCUUGCUCAGCUUGUUUUUAGUGAUAAAAGGCUUAAAAGUGCAUUUCCAUUGAGGCUGUGGACUUGUGUCUCUGAUCAUGAUCAGGAGCAGUUGGAUGUACAAGGGAUUCUUCGAAAUAUUCUGGCUUCAGAUAUUGGUAAGAAGGAUGAGCAAUUGACCAUGGAUCGAGUGCAAAAGCAACUUCGUGAAAAACUGGCAACCAACAGAUACGUGCUUGUCUUGGAUGAUGUGUGGACUGAAAAUCACAAUCAAUGGCAAAAGCUCAUAGAGUUCUUAUUGGGAGGUCAGAAGGGAAGUUGGAUAGUGGUUACAACGCGUUCACAUGAGACAGCCACAAUUGUAGGAGGUGGUCAGGUGCAUAAACUGCAAGGCUUAUCCAAGGAAAAUUCCUGGCUUCUAUUUGAGAAGAUAGCAUUUGGAGUAGAACGAUCAAGCUCCAAUGAAGAGUUGGUCAAGAUUGGGCGAGAAAUCGUUGAGCAAUGUGCUGGUGUCCCACUCGCUAUAAGGGUGGCAGAAAGUCUUUUGUUUGGCCAAGAUACGAGCAAAUGGCUAUCCUUUCAGAAGAUUGGAUUAUCCAAUUUGAGAGGUAGCCAAACGGAUAUCAUGCCCAUAUUGAAACUUAGUUACAAUCAGCUUGAGCCAUCACUAAAGAGUUGUUUCACUUAUUGUGCAUUGUUCCCAAAAGAUUUUGAGAUGAGAAAGGAGUUGUUAAUAAACCUGUGGAUGACACAGGGGUUCAUUGUUCCAUUAGAAGGUCAAAAGGUGGAAGACGUAGCAGAGGAAUAUUUUUCUAUUUUGCUGCGGAGAUGUUUUUUUCAGGAUGUAAGUCAUGAUGCUUAUAGCUUUGAGAUCAUCUCGUGUAAGAUGCACGAUCUCAUGCAUGAUAAGGUUCAAAACAUAGCAGGAAAGGAGAUCAUAUGUGCAAUAGAUUCUGUCAUCAACAACAUAGAUGAGAGGGUGCGGCAUCUAGCUCUUAUGAGUAAUGAAUCUGGACAAUACUCCUUUACUAAGUCUCAUAUUCGUUCACUUAUUUUUAUAGGCAGGUGGGAUUGUUGGUUGCAACAAGCAUCUGUAGAGGCAUUAGUAGCAAGUUGCGUAUGCCUUAGGGUAUUGGACCUGAAAAAAUUAGUUUUGAAAAGUUUGCCAGAUUCAAUUAGGAAUUUGUGGCAUUUAAGGUUUUUAGAUGUUUCAUUUAAUCAUGAAUUAGAGGUGCUCCCUAAAUCAAUUACAAAACUGUAUAAUUUGGAGACUCUGAGAUUAACUGGAUGCUCAAAAUUGAAAGAGUUGCCGGAAGAUGUGAUCAAGUUGGUGAAGCUGAGGAUAUUGGAUGUAUUUGGAUGUUUUAGCUUGACCCAUAUGCCUAAGGGCAUGAGUAAGUUGAGUUGCAUUCAUACACUAGGGAGGUUUGCGGUUAAGUCGACAUGUUGGAAGCAAAUGUUUGAUGAGUUGGAAGAGCUGAAAGGUCUAAAGGGUUUGAAAGGCCGACUUCAUAUCAACAUUAGUCUCCCUUGGAAUAAUGAUCUAGAUAUUAAUGAAGGGAACAUAAAGGAAGGAGCUUAUCUGAGGAACAAAGAACAUAUUGAUGAGAUGAUAAUAGAGUUCCUUAUUUCCCCUUCAGAUGACUGA